UAAUAGAGAUGGCAUAUUUAAUAGUUAUAACUAGAUAAUUGUUACAUAUACUAAUUAUUACAAUUAAUAUAACUAAUGACUUUAUUGCUAGUUUUGUUAUUUAUUCUAGCAAGCUCUAUUAUGUAUAAUAGAAUAAAAUGUUGCCUGGUUCUAUACCAUCUCCAUGAUCCCCUAACCUAGGGGUCUCAUCUUCCAGUACUAUAUAGAACAAUAUUCUGUUGUGAUCCAUAAGGUUUUCUUUUGCUAAUUAUUGGAAGUAAAUGGCCAAGCCUUCCUCCUUACUCUGUCUUAAUCUGGAAGCUUCACUGAAAGCUAUCCACCAUGGUGAUCAUGCUGGUAUUCGAAAUACUGGUGGCAUAUCGUCUAGCAUCAUCACGGAAGCCAACAUGCUAUGACAAACUCACAGGCAGUAGUGGACUACUUAUUAUAACUGAUGUUAAUUGUAUCCUUGUCUGUGCAGUAAGUGAGCAAAGGACUUUGCAUACCGCUUUUUCAGAUAAUAAUAAUGAUGAUAGAUCAAGCAUCUUAAAGUAAUACAGAAAACCCAGAUAAUCUAAGUCCAGGGUGUUGCUCCCAACUACUGUUAUUUUCCUCAUUUAGAUAAUCAGAAUACAUAUUAUUCUCUCACUUAGACACAGUGACAAAUACCAUAUUCAGACUUGGAAUAUAGUUGUAGAAAAAUAUACUAAUUUUAUUAAGUCCCGUACUUAUCAAGUUUAUUUUCUUCUUUCUUCAAGAAAUACCCAUCAUUAUACCCUAGAAAAGGUGUUUGUAGAAUGUAAAGGAGGAAAAGCUGUCUCAGCAUGCAUAUGAAUAGAACUAUCCCUUUAUAAACUAAUGGGUCCUUAAAUUGAAGUCCCGGACUAUUUGGAUGUUCCUGAGUAGGAGUCCUAGUGGUGCGGUGGUUAAGUGAUAUGGCCACUAACGAAAAGGUUGGCAGUUUAAAUCCACCAGCCUCUCCUUGGAAACCCUAUGAGGCAGUUCUACUCUGUCCUCUAGGGUCACUAUGGAUCAGAAUCGACCCGAAGGCAACAGGUUUGGUUUGGGUUUUUUUGGUGGGUAGAUUAAUAUUACGUAUACAUGGCUUCUCUUGAUUUCUUGUAAUCUGCAAUUCGUGCCUUUGUCAAAGUGAUCCAUAACACACAAAAGGGUUAUUAAACUUCCUGCAAGGUACUGAGAGAGAAGCUCUAAUAUCCAAAGGUUUCCACUGUGUGUUAUGAAUUAAUCUCUGUCCUGUGUAUCCAAAAUGGUACUAGUCAUGUAGCAUCAUUAAGAGAACUGAGGAAAUAGUCAGUCAAACAUUUUUCUCUUUUGGGGUUCAGAUAAUUUAACACACAGGCUCUCCCAGCUUCCAUAGCUCUUACAUGGUCAAGGUCAAGAUUAACCCCUCAUUUUAUCUCAGACCUUUGCAGUUUAAAAACAUAAGGAAGACUGGAAAACCAACAGAGAUAUUGGUUAAUUUGUGUUCACAUAAUAGUUUUGCUUUAUGACAUUCAACAGAAAUGAACAUGUAACUUCCAAAUGACAGUCGCACAAUAUUUAGUUGUAUACAAAAGAAUCUCACAAUGUCUUUCCUUUUGUCAGGCCCCAGGAAGAGGUGUAUCAUGGCCAAUCUGACCACUUUGGUGGCUGAAUUCAUCCUCAUGGGAUUUUCAGAUAUCAGGGAUCACCAAGUCCUCCACGCCACACUGUUCUUACUCAUCUACCUGAUAGCUCUGGUUGGCAACCUCCUCAUCAUUCUUCUCACCACUUUGGACCAGCACCUCAAAAGUCCCAUGUACUUUUUCCUGAGGACACUGUCAUUCUUAGAUCUUUGUUUCAUCUCUGUCACAGUUCCCAAGGCCAUCAUCCAUUCUUUGACUCAAAAUAGUUCCAUAUCUUUCCUGGGGUGUGUGGCACAGGUCUUUUUAGUUGUUCUGUUUGCUUGUGCAGAGCUGGCCUUGCUCACAGUAAUGUCCUAUGACCGAUAUGCAGCCAUUUGCCGGCCCCUGUAUUAUCAGAUUGUCAUGAAAAAAAGGGCUUGUAAACAGAUGGUUGCUGCUUCAUGGCUCAGUGGGGUUGUCUCUGGUUUCUUGAAUACAUCUGUGACCUUCUGUUUACCAUUUUGUAGGUCGAAUUUUGUCUAUCAAUUCUUCUGUGAGAUCCCUUCACUACUCAAACUAUCCUGCUCAGAGAAUUAUCUUGCUGAGACUGGAGCCAUAAUCAUUACAACAUCCUUGGGUUUUCUGUGUUUUAUUUCUAUCACGGUUUCCUAUAUCCACAUCUUAGUCACGGUUCUAAGGAUACCGUCAGUGGAAGGCCGGUCAAGAGCCUUUUCCACCUGUAUUCCUCACCUUGUAGUUGUUACUGUUUUUCUAACUACAGGGUUCAUUGCCUACCUAAAGCCAGUGUCAGAGUCCCCUUCAGUUUGGGGUCUUCUGGUGUCUGUCUUCUAUACUGUGGUGCCACCUACCCUGAAUCCCAUCAUCUAUAGCCUGAAGAACAAGGACAUGAAAACCGCCUUUUGGAAAAUUUUGAGAAAGAUUGUCAUCAGACAAUAAUAGCAACCACAAAAGCAACUACAUGGAUAUUUUAUUCAAUUCAGACAAAUAAGAGUUCAAUUCAGUUAAUAGCAAUACGUUUUCUACUGUUUUACAUAAGUGGAAACUUUACAUUUUUAUUCACUCAUAGAGUUCACACUUUUUCUAUAUUUUUAAUCUAAAUAAAAAUACAUGUAAAGUAGGAAUUCCCAAAGUAAGAGAUUUUAGGCAACAGAAAGUAUAAUUGGGGAAGUGAUUACAUUCCUCUUAUUUGUAUUUUCUUUAAAUUUAUACAAAUGAGUUUGUUGUAUAGGUAUAUUUCUGCAGUUUGAUUUUUUUCCUCAGCAUUAUGCAUUUGAGAUCUAUCUGUAUUAUACUCAUUUAAUAAUGGGCAUUACAUUGUUACCAGGUUCUUCUUUUUAAGACUACAAAUUAUUGUAAUGAAUAAAUUUCUACUUGUCUCCCUAUGUACAGAAAAUAAAGUUGUUUAAAAACAUUCAUCAUUUUCAGUUUUAUAAGAUGUUCAAAUUAUUGUUUUAACAGCUGAUGCACUGAUUUACAGUCCUAAGAGUAGUGGCCAAAAGUAGCAUACUUUCUUUU